GCUAUUUUUAGGGGACGAUUUGCUAGAGGAGCACGCUCAUCAGGCAGCCGUCCCAACAUGGCGCGGAGCAGUGCGCAGCUGCCAUAUCAUGUACAUAGACCUCACAGCCCUGCCACGUCCCGCCCACGUCCUCGCCCCAUGCCCGCCCGCUAGUCGCAUGGUCAAGUACGUCCCAGCCUACUUUCUCCGGCGGCGGUUCGUGCUGGCCACGGCCUUCGCCGCCUCCCUCCUUGUUCUCUUCAUCUAUCUCCACCGCGCGUUCGAGGACCUCGACGACGAGCUCGGCCUCACCGCGCGCCUCGAGUCGACGUCCUACAUCCCAUUCGAAAUCGCCCCGCUCCCGCCACCGCCACGCACGCCAUUGCUGCCUGUCCGCGAUCUGCGCGCGUCAUGCCUCGACGCCCACUUCAGUCUUGGCGAUGAUUGUCUUGGCGACCAGGUUGAUCCGCUCGACGUGCUCUGGACGUGGGUCAACGGCUCCGACUUCCUCCUCCAGGAGGCCAAGGAGCACGCCCAGUCCCAGUACGACCAAAACGACCCAUACAGGCCUGUGAAGUCGGGCACUCAGGCACGCCUGUACCGCGAUCAUGACGAGCUCAAAUACUCAAUGCGAUCGGUCGUCAACAACUUCAAAUCGCCCGGGUCUCGGUACCGACUACUGACCACCGACUUCGCCGUGCCCGAUCAGUACGCCAAUAGAACCAAUCUCACAACACCGGAAGUAUGGCGACUCGGCCAGCUGCCGCAAUGGCUCGACUGCGACAAACGUGUCGGGGCUGGACGGUGGAGCGAUGGGGACAUGGAGCUCAUUGUUACGCACCACGCGCAGUUCUUCAGGCCGUACGGUGGUACGGUUUUCAACAGGAACGACGACCUCUUCAUGCUAAAUCCCGUCACCCCCGCAACAUUCUACACAUCCGCAUACGGCAUCGUCCUCCACCUGCAGCCCGAUCUCCUCGUCAAGCCCGACCGACCGACGACCAGAGUGAUGGGCGAAUGGCGCUCCCUCGGCGAGAGCAACUGGCUCCUCAGCAAUCGCUUCGGGGCGCGUUCCCGACCGUACGUAGCGCACGAAGCGAAGCCCGCGGGGAUGCACCUCCUGCACGAGCUGCACACGAUCUGGCCGCAGGUCUUCGCGUCCUCGGCCCUGCACAAGUUCCGGGAGACCGUGAAGGGCGACGGGGACGUAAACACGAUGUUCAUGAGCACCCACUUCGUCGUGGAGCGCGCGCGUGAGGCGCUUCUGUGGGCGUGGGUCGUCGGCGCGAUCGGCGGGCCGGACGACGAGUGGGGCGCGGUGGAAGCGCAGCGGGCGUGGCUGGAGGUCGGGGGCGGGUUUUGGGAGAGUUUGGCCGCGGUGGAUGAGCUGGUCGUGACGAGCGGGUAUCGGGAGACGUUGGAGACGGAGAGGGUGCGGGCGACGAUGGUCGCGCAUGGGUACGAGCCGGACUAUCUGACGUCGUAUAUCUUCUCCUCCCUCGACGGGUUCCCGUACUUGAACCUGGGGCCCACCGGCAAGCCCAGCUUCCCAUCGGUCAAGCCAGACACGGCGGAGAUGGCACUCCCCCGGUGUCGACUGUCCUACUCGCAGUGCUUCACGGUGGACAGGACCCUUGGGGACGGGUCCAAGGCGAGCGAGGUGUUCAAACAUCUCGCGUUCCGGGAUCCGCGGUGCGGCGAUUGCGUGAUCAGCGCACUCGUCAAGGCGAGCGGCAAGCUCGGCGUGUCGGCGUUCCUGCCGCCUGCGGAGCGGGUUGUCCAGACGACGCCUCCGCUGGACUCGGAUGUGGGCAGGGACGUCCCGCACCUGCCGCUCGUGGAUGACUGGCAGAAGGGCGACUUUUCGCUCACGGGGGUCAUGGCGAGCAGCCAGGAGACGAACGUGAGGCAAUGGACGCUGCAGCUCCUGCACCGAUAUCGCUACGUGCUCGGCUCGACGCCGAUGUCGUUCGAGCGGAUCGUGUCCGGGAUGCAAGUAGCGGCCGUCAUCAACCGGAUCGAGCGCGCGGACAACGUCGCGCUCCUCUGCAUGAACGACGACGUGUCGCGGCCGAACCAAGAUGCGGAGGUCAACCGCGUGCUCCGGAGGUGGUUCGAGCGGCGGUGGGGCCGUGCGGCGGCGUGGGAGAGGUAGCAAUCAGCUGGCGGGGUGUGUGACAUCCGGCAGGUCCUCCGCCCCGCGAGUCAGCUGAGCGAUGCCCAAGGAGUCGAGUAAGCUAGUCUAGUAGGGUGGGCAGGAUAGCUGGCGUUGACGUUGGUAGUCGAUAAGUUAUUGUAUUUCUAGCGUCUGUCUCGGUCGAUGCGAUGUUGUUGCCUCUCGUUGCUUUGUUUGUUUGCCUUUGUAGACAUGUAUCGGUUGCUGGGGUGUAUCGUAAUGUAGUGCUACUAAUCGAUUUGGAUACCCAA